UUAAUUCGUUUCAUUUGACCGGCAACAAAGAAAGGAGCCAUUUUGUUUUGUGUUGGCAUUUCAAGGUGAUGGAAGAGACAAAUUUUACAUAAAAGAAGUUAAACCUCUCUUUUACACAGUGUUGUGUAGUUUUAAAGAAAGGAGUGCCGUGUCAUCCACUGUGUCAGUUAAUUGGUGUGUGCAGUGCGUAUGAUCGCCUCUGGAAGAGACAAAAUAACAGUUAGAAUUCAUAACAUGAAAAGAAGUAGUGAUAGGGACACUCCACCACGUAGCAAACGUUCUCGUUCUAGCAUGGGAAGGUACGACGACAGCUCUGACGAAAGGAUAACUCCGGAUAGAAUUCGUCGCCGGGGAAGCCGUGGGCGCAGUCCUAGUCCACGGGCAAGAUACGUUUCGCCCCAUCGCGAUGACUAUAUGCGCCCACCAGAGCGCUCGUAUCCUUAUAAAGUUUUAUGUGUUAGUGCUUUGCACCCCAAAGCCAGCGAUGAGGUUAUCAAAGACACUUUAUAUAGGGAAUAUAAAAAAUACGGUGAUCUUAGCAUUAGAGUUACUCAUGAUAUGGAUGAACGUGUAGCGUAUGUUUGCUUCCGAAAUCCUGAAGAUGCUCGGGAUGCAAAACAUGGAAAACCUCGAAUAAUAAUAUAUGAUAAAAUAGCUUUAGUUGAAGCUGUGUAUGAAGUUCCCCGAUCAGCAGAUAUUUACAGAAGUCGACCACGUUCAAUAAGCCCUGAGUACGAUAGACAUUACUAUGCUAGAUCUCCUGAAAGAAUGCGACCUGUAGAUAGGUAUGAUAGGGGAUAUGGGCCACCACCUGGUGUCCCAGUCCAUCGCGAAUAUAGGCGUGAAGCAAUGCCUGCACCACACCAUGAUUACCUUGCCCGACCUCCUAUGCACCAUGGCCCUCCCCAUAUGGCUCCAGUCCAUGGUUAUGGACCUCCUAGACAACAUAUGCCUCGUCCUCCAUUUGAGCAGAAGGAGAAUAAAAAGGAUAAGUUUCCCAAUUAUUUACACCACGUACAGCCUGAAGAUGAUCCUCUAGCUACUCGUACACUUUUUGCUGGUAAUUUGGAAAUAAAUAUAACUGAAGAAGAACUAAGAAGGAUCUUUAGUAGGUAUGGAGUUGUAGAAGAUAUUGAUAUUAAAAGACCUCCACCAGGAACAGGUAACGCCUUUGCUUUUGUAAGAUUUAACACUCUUGAUAUGGCUCAUAGAGCAAAAGUUGAAUUAUCUGGUCAAUACAUUGGCAAAUUUCAGUGCAAAAUUGGAUACGGAAAAGCUACUCCAACUACAAAAAUAUGGGUUGGUGGUUUAGGACCUUGGACAUCUAUUACACAGUUGGAAAGAGAAUUUGAUAGAUUUGGUGCAAUUAAGAAAAUUGAUUAUGUUAAAGGUGAUAACCAGGCUCUGAUUCUUUAUGAUAGCAUUGAUGCUGCCACAGCAGCUGUGAAGGAAAUGAGAGGUUUUCCUCUAGGUGGACCAGAGAGAAGAUUAAGAACAGAUUUUGCUGAUGUAACACCUGGAGUUACAUACAGACCAAAACCUCCAUAUGCUUCUGCAGAAGAUUAUAGAGCUAGAGAAGUAGAAUAUGAUUAUGAUUAUGAAAGAGAUCCAUAUAGAAUGAGACCUUAUCCCGAAAAAAGAGGAACCAGUAGAGAUCCUUACAGGUACCCAGAAGGAAGAGAGGACGAGUGGGGUAGAAGUAGAGAUCCUGAAUUUGAAAGAAGACGUUCUGGAUCAAGAGGAUUUGAUAGAUCUAGGUCUAGAUCUCCAAGAAGAUCCCCAGAUUCAGAUUCUGAUGGUGGUUCUCGUAGAGCAGGUCUACUAGCAUCUAGUCGUACUUUACCAGAAGUAGCUAGAAAAUGCGCUACUGUAUGGCAAGGAGCUUUAAUACUGAAAAAUUCACUAUUUCCUGCAAAAUUCCACUUAUUUGACGGAGAUACUGAUAUAGUAGAUAGCCUAAUGAAAGAUGAAGAUGGUAAACACCAAUUACGAAUCACCCAAAGACUGAGACUGGAUCAACCCAAAUUAGAAGAUGUUCAAAAGAGAAUAUCCAGUGCUAGUUCACAUGCAAUUUUCUUGGGACUAGCAGGUUCCACUGCAUCAGUCACUAAUGAUGAUGCUACAGUUCAAACAAGACCUUUGAGAAAUUUAGUAUCGUAUCUAAAACAAAAAGAAGCUGCUGGUGUUAUUUCCUUACUCAACAAAGAGACUGAAGCUACUGGGGUCCUUUAUUCCUUCCCUCCCUGUCAGUUUUCUACAGAGUUAUUAAAACGUACUUGUCCUAAUUUAUCAGAUGAAGCGAUAAAGGAAGAUCAUCUUAUAAUAGUUGUGGUACGUGGUGGCACUGCUUAGUAUUUUUUAUCAAACACACUAAUUUUACCCUUUUGACACAUGUAAGAAAGUAUAGUCAUCAUAUUUUUGAGUAAAUAAUGCUAAUAGUUUUCAAAAAUGUUUUGCUAUAUCCAGUUAAUUGAAUAAUACCCUCAAAUAUUAAAUAAUUUUAGAAAAACAACAAACGGUUUUACUAGCUGAAAGUUGUUCUGCUUAUGUAAUACAUUGUAUGUAAUUAGAACUAAUCAUACAUUUUGUACUAUUUUUAACUUCAAUUUUUUUUGUUAUUUAAUUUUAUUUUUUGUAAUGCAAACUGAUAAACAUCGUUUUGUUGAUCCAUAGAUUUUUAAGCUUUACAAGCUAUAAAUAUUUACAUUUAUAUACAUAAAAACAGAUAGUUAACAUUUGAAUAGCCAUUUUGGGAGUUACGAUGUAUAUUUACAUAACGUUUUUUCCCUGGUACUUUUCCAGUGGGACCAAUGUGGUUACUUAUAUAAAACUAAGAAUAUAUUUUACACCAAUUCUCAGAUUUUCAGUUAAUGUAGAUGUAUUAGGUUGAUGUGGUGAACAAGAAGAUAUUCAUUCAAAUAUGAAAUCGUAAACAAGGAAACAGUUCACUCAUAAACAGGGUUAUAUGUUUCACAGAAGGUAUAAAUCGACAUUUGUCGAAGGUAAAAGAAAAGGUUGUAAACCCACAAAUCAACGUUUUUCAGAAAAAAACCCUCCAUUUAAGUAAUUUUAUGAGGAGUUAAUCUAAUAAUUUUUUCCAUUAAUUUGUAGAUCAAUAAUUCAUCCAUAAAUUAAUUCAUAAAUUAUUAGGUUAAUUCCUCAUAAAAUUACUUAAGUAGAGUGUUUUUUCUGCUUCCCGAAAAAGUUGAUUUGUGGGUUACAACCUUUUACAUGAUUACAUUGAAUUCAGAUUUAUAGACUGACUUGCCUAUUAAUGCAGAGUAUGAUUUACCAUUCAUAAUUUUAUUUACAUGUGUUUGCAUACAGUUGUUUUUAUAAUUCAUUGUUUUAGUCUGCAACUGUUUAACUUGAUAUGUGUCUGUUAUAUAAAUAAUAUAUAAUGAAAGCUGAAAUGAUUUCUUUUCAUAUGUUUCAUUAGGGUCUAUUGUAUACAAAUCCAUAUGAAUGCUGGCCACCCUGGACUUCUGGAACCAACACAACUUUCUUAUGGAGUCAAAUUCAUGUAGAUGUUCAAGUCAAACCUGGAAGCUCUGGCAUUCCUAGGUUGGACUAGUCAAUCCUCGGGUCUAACUUGAGGUCUUAGUCAAAGCCCAAAUAAAUGAUGCCUUUCGGACUUUGACUAAAGAAUUCUUGUCAAACCUAGGAGAGACUAAUUUGGUCAGGCAAAUGUCGAAACUUAAUUUUAUGCAAUCAGGGUUUGACUAGUCAAACUCCAAUCUAUUUAUCUUUUGACACAUUUCACGUAAAUGCAGGUAAUGUUUAUGCACUCUUUUGUGACAUUUACAUGUUUUUUUAAAGGCUUUAAUUGUAAGAUCUCUACCAGCAUGACCACAUUCCUGAUGAGCUCAUUCAGUUGAGCUAAAACAGCAAUACUGUAAAGACGUCAUAGCCACUUUAGGUGAUUCUACCUUACAGAUAAUCUGUACUUACAUCUGUUUAAUUCUUAAUAACAAUCUUAUGAAAUGAACAUCUUAUUUAAAUUAGUAAUUUUCUCUUUAAACUUCAUUUGUAAAGCUUCUUGAUCCAUGUUUUCAGUAACAUUUUUUGAAAUACUUAUCUUUAAUCGUAAACGGCCCUUAGAUGGUCAAUAUUAUUUCACAAUAAAUUAGUGGCUGGGUCUUGUGCUAUCAACAUAUGGGAUAAAAAGACAGCAAGUUGUAUCGCUAUUGCGUUGUAGCUUCAAAAAGUAAGAAAAAAAAUAAACACAGGUGGAUAAAGGAAUGGCAAAAAAAGAAAUAACUAUACUCAAGAAAAUUUGGCGUGGAGUGAUUUUAAAAACUUUCUGGGACUAGAUAGUACAUUCUUUGAUGAACUAUUAAGAAUGAUUAUACCUGAAAUUCAAAAAAGGGAUCCAGUGAUGCGAGAUGCUAUCGCAAAAAACUGUACUUCCUAGCUACUGUAAAUUCCUUUGAUGAUUUAAAAUUCCAAAGUGCUCUAUCUGCCAAUAUUGUGCAGUAUUGGCCACACAUGCCACAAUAUUUAUUAUAUUGCACAGUAAAAAUAAAACUCACUUCGAUUGGCAUACUAUUCAAUGUUAUUUAUAGGCGAUCAAUAUAUUGUAUGAUAUCAAUAAUUAUUGUGCAAUAUUUUGACAAUAAUAUUGAUUGUCUCAAAUCAUCCUUUGGCUUAGUUUAUUAGUCACUUCUAGGAUCUUCUAGGCAAAGCACGAAACAUCGUUUUUCUUUCCACAUUUGGCUGAAAAUUUAGGAGCUUCUAAGUUUAACUAAAAACAUUUCAAGCAAAGUCCGAAAAUGGAAUUUAUUUUGUAGUUUGCCCAAACGUAGGAUACACUAGUCAUACCAGGAAGAGACUUCAUAUUGACCUUUGACUAUAAAAUAUACACUAUAUGAAAAAAAUACCUGAUGAGAGAUUCUAUUAAAAAAUAUAUAUUUUUUUUUUCUGAAAACUAUUAGCAUGGGCUUAACUUUUUUUUAUUUAUAUUUAGAAUUAUCAUUUAUUUUUUCUUAUGCUAUAUAAGAUAUUUUUACUAUACUUUUUAAGUAAACAAAACUAGGAAUGUAGGAAUAAAUUUAAUUUUCUCUACGGUAGCAGUUAGAUAAAAAUUUCAAAGAGAAGAGUAUAAAAGGCAAACAUUCAUUCUAAUAUUUAGUUCAUUUCAGGAGAUUGGUGAUCCACGAUAAACAAAAUAUAGAAUUAGAGCUGUGUUAAAAACGUAAUGUAUUUCCAAUGUUCUAAGGAUUACUAUAAAAAUGUGAAGUGGAAGUAAUAGCCUAAGUAAUCAGUUCUUUCUCAUAUUUGACAAUUUUCUUUGACUGUUGAGUGGAUUAAAGAUAUACUUUAAUAUUAAUGUGAAAGAACUGCAUUCAUUUUUGAACAAAGUGUUUUUAAAGUAGUGAUGUGUAGUUUAUAACCAUAAACAAAUGUAUAACCACAUCUUAAAAUGGCCAUUUGUGAUUUUGGUGUUUAGUUGACAGUGUUAAUUUAUCAAUUUCAAUUAUUCCACUAUGGCAUGAUUGUAUUUUACAAGUAAAAUAAUGUGAUUCAAUGUAAUUCAUACUGUGUUGUGAAAUAGAUAGUUCUUUCCAAAA